GCCACUUGAGAUCGAAUAUCUCUAUGUUGGUACUCAUUUUCACCCAUCUUUAAGGGAGUUGCUUGUGAUAAGGUUCGGAAUCCAAAUGGGAUCAUACAUAUGGGACUUGCAAAGAAUCAGCUAUCCUUCGACCUCCUUGAAUCAUGGCUAUCUAAGAACCCUGAAGCUUCUAGUUUCAAAAAAGAUGGAGAAUCCAUAUUUAAAGAGCUUGCUCUGUUCCAAGAUUACCAUGGCUUACCCGCCUUUAAGAAUGCUCUGGUAGAAUUCAUGGAGGAGAUAAGAAAAGCCAAAGUCAGCUUUGAUCCUAAGAAGCUAUUCCUCACUGCUGGUUCAACUUCAGCUAACGAGACUCUCAUGUUUUGCUUAGCUGAACCAGAGGAAGCAUUCCUUCUCCCAACUCCCUACUACCCAGGAGAUGGCCGCAAGUUCAUUUCCUUCAAGUCUAACCGUGCAUUGAUGGUAUGUUUUAUCCUUUAAAUCCAACAAUGUUCCAAUGAUG